CACCCGGCCUCGUCCGCUGAAUAGUGCUAACAUGCCCCACCAUGAGUUGAGUCCAGAAAUGUGAAGAGAUGGCAAUGGGCUGGCCCAAGGUACAAGUUUGAGAACCCUACUCCGUGAGUCCGUAUGGCAUUUGUCCUCUGUAGUUCGUGCGUACGGACACCUGUUUGGUGGACGGGAAAUCAUGGGAGUAAGGCGGCUGUGGAUGGCGAUGGAGGACAAAGACCCUGGACAAUGUGCCACGCGAAUUGGGUCCCACGUCCGAGGUGCUGGAUCGUCAAUGGAUGGAUGCGACAGGCACGGAAUCGACCCGUCAUGGCGGGUGUGCCGAAGGGCCUUUACUUUUGGUGAAACGGAACGGCGCGAGAGAUGCGGAGUCUUUGUGCUGCCGGUGUCCUUGUAUUUGGGAAGUCUUUAUUACAACUUCAUGAGGAAUGCCAGACGACGCGAGAUUCCUUUAUUCCGUACUUUGUAAUAGUCGGUACGGAUAGGAGGGGUGACAAAGGGGGAGGGAGGGUCGCGGUCGAUGAUGGGGCUUCCAAGACAGGGGUAGGGAGCAGAGUCGUCGAGGGAAGACGGCGCGCGGUGUCUGACGCUGCAGACGCGGGCGGACUCGUGGAGCUGAAAGAAAUGGAAGAGGCUCGAGGAGAUGAUGGUGAUUGAAAGAGCGAUUGCCCCAAUGCCUCAGGCUUGCCAGGAUGGAAUUGCUUCUCUAGGAGCC